CCGGUUUGCGUACCUCCAAAGCCAGUCUGAGUUAAUAGAUUUAAAGUAUGGCUUUUUUCAUCAGGAAAACAAGGCUUACAAAGGUUUGAGACUUAACAAUGUGAAAUCCCUAGAUAUAUUAAUAUCGUCAAGAAGACAGUCAUUAAUAGAGUUUGAAUUUUUCAACAUGGAUCAUUGAAGACUGACAUUGAGUUCGUUUCCAAACACUCACAAGGAAAGCGACGACACUGUUUUGUUACAGGGAAGAUGAAGCUGGUUUGGACUUCUGCAUAUUGUAUGGUAGUGUCUGGCCUGGCAAGAAAGGAAGUUUCAAAGUGAUAGCUGUGUACGUAUAUGGGAUUAACGCCUCUGUCAGCACUUGUACGUUAUUUAAGAGGCAGGACCUCCGAAUUUAACGUCUGUCUCCGAUAGAUUAGUGCCAAAUGGAUUGAGAUCUUCGAAAACUCCACAAACGGUAUGAAUUCAAGAACAAAUAUCCUUAUUGCUUUUAGAAUCACCAGCGGGUCUUUAACGUGCAUAACGUGCACAAGGGACAUCCGAAAUUAUUCACCCUUAUCCGGGGUGUUCGAUCCUACUUACCCUAAAAUCAGCAGUAAUAUAGAACCAGGGAUACGGUAUAAAGAGUCAAGAGUUAAGAGGAGAGUAGCCCAAAUGAUGCCGGAGGUGAGGGAUGGAGUGUAGGGGGGGGGGAGUGGAGAUGAAAGAAAGUUAUAAAACAAGACUAGAGAACCGGAAAGGAGGAGAAAUGAAAAAUUUUAGAGAUAAAAAUGUUUCGUAGCUGCCAAGUUUUGAAUCCGAGACCUAUUGAAUGAGAGGUGGACUCUAUACCUCUAGAUCACGAGAGCCCCCCCAUCAUAUGAUCUUAAAAGUUUCUUUGGUUUUGAUUAGCAAGAUUAAAAAAACUUUGUGCUUGAAUUUUUAAAAAAAUUCUUUAUUUCUUUUCUGUUCGAAACAGAUUCCGAAAAUAUGAAGACAAAGAUGUUGUCAAGACUCCUGUGCUGUAAAAGCUUACUUAUACUCGUCAUUUUUCUGUCAAGUCAUGGAACCACUAGCUCGAAAUCUUACAGACGUAAUCAUUCUAAGACAAUCAGACACAUGAACAUUGAGGAGGAACAGGCAAAGUUCAGCGACUUCCCGUUCCGGAACACCAACUUGCCGUGGGAUGAGCGUGUGGAUGAUCUCGUGUCCAGACUGACCCUGGAGGAGAUUCAGGUACAGAUGUCCAGGGGCGGAGUUGGAGAGUUUGGGGGUCCAGCCCCGGCCAUUCCUAGAUUAGGUAUUGGAUCAUAUCAGUGGGCUACAGAAUGUUUACGAGGUGACGCGUCUUCAAUUGAGAAUGCAACAGGUUUCCCCCAGGCUAUUGGUCUUGCGGCCACAUUCAGCCCGGAUAUUCUGUACAACGUUGCCCGAGCGACAGGUCAAGAAGUGCGAGCCAAACACAACGACUUUGUCAAACGGGGCAUUUUUAGAUCCCACACAGGUGCCAGUUGCUUCAGUCCGGUCAUCAAUAUCUUGAGAGAUCCCAGGUGGGGUAGAAAUCAGGAGACAUACGGCGAGGACCCUUACCUGACUGGAAAUCUGGCAAAAAAAUUUGUCACUGGUAUCCAAGGUGAAGACUCAAGGUUCAUAAUGACUAGCGCUGGAUGCAAGCAUUUUGACGUUCAUGGAGGGCCUGAAGACAUUCCAGUGUCAAGGGUCUCAUUUGAUGCUAUCGUCUCUGACACGGACUGGAGGAUGACCUUUCUGCCCGCCUUCAAGAAAUGUGUAGAGGCCGGUACCUACAGCGUCAUGUGCAGCUACAACAGUGUGAACGGUGUCCCGGCAUGCGCAAACAAAAAGCUGCUUACAGACAUCCUGCGUACAGAAUGGAACUUCAAGGGCUAUGUCGUCAGCGACCAAGCUGCCAUCGAAAAUGUCAUCUCGAAACAUAAAUAUUGUAAUAAUAGCGUGGAUGCUGUGGCGGCCUGUGUUAACGCUGGUACGAAUCUGGAACUUUCAACCAAUCUCCCCACGCCCGUUUAUAUGUCUAUAGUUGAUGCUAUUCAACAGGGAAAACUGUCUGAGGAUUUGGUGAGGGAAAGAGUCAAACCACUGUUUUACACACGCAUGCGGCUCGGGGAGUUUGACCCGGUAAACGAUAACCCGUACGCCCAGCUGAGUAUGGAUCUGAUCGAAUCUGCUGAACACCAACAGGUGGCUGUCACAGCCGCCAUGAAGUCUUUCGUGCUGUUAAAAAACCAUGGCGACAUUUUACCCUUGAAGAAAGGAGAGUUUAGCAAAGUUGCAAUUAUAGGACCAAUGAGUGACGAUACAGAACAACUGAGUGGUGACUACCAACCUUUUCAAGAUAAAUCUUUCUUCACGACUCCUUUGGACACAGUGAAAACGCUCUACCCAAAUGCCAAAUACGGACAUGCGUGCAAUGACAGCACACCGUGUACACAGUACAACAAAGCUGCCGUGCCUGCUAUAGUGAAAGAUGCGGAACUGGUAUUUGUUACUCUUGGUACUGGUCGGGCUGUUGAAAGAGAGGCACACGACAGGCCGGAUGUCGAGCUUGCAGGACACCAGAAAGAACUUCUUCUGGAUGUUCUAGACAACAGCGGUGACGCCAAGAUCAUCUUGCUUCUCUUCUCUGCCAGUCCUCUCAACAUUACGUUUGCCGACCAGUCAGACCGCGUGGUAGCCAUUAUGGAAUGUUUCUUUCCCGCACAGUCUACUGGGAAAGCCCUGUACAAUGUACUCACCAACACCGGGCCGUAUUCUUCCCCGGCAGGUAGACUGCCCAACACCUGGCCCCUGUACAGUACGCAGAUUCCACCCAUGGUCAACUACUCUAUGGAGGGUAGAACGUACCGCUACUUCAGGGGCGAUCCCUUGUACCCGUUCGGCUAUGGCCUCUCCUACACCCAGUUCAAUUUCUCUAAUCUGAUGUACAACACAACAAUCAAGGCAGGAGCUAGUCUGGGUGUCCAGGUGGACAUUACAAAUGUGGGUGACGUUGACGGCGAAGAAGUUCUUCAAUGUUACAUCAGCUGGAAUGACAAGUCCUUGCCCGUACCACAACUACAGUUGGCCUACUUUGACCGGAUCCUCAUUGCCUCCAAGCAAACGAUCUCAAGAAGUUUGUCGAUAUCUUCAGAGUCCAUGGCUUUUUGGCAAGAUGGGAAAUGGGUAAUUAAAGCUGGCGGGAUGAGUCUGUUCUGUGGUGGUCAACAGCCAAAUCAGAAGAAACAGGUGCCGUCCAACGUCCUCUCUGGAACGUUCACCAUCACAGACUCUAUCACUCUUAAAAAGUAA